AUGUUAGACUACCUUACAAGACAUCCAACCGUAUACCACCAGAUGGAUUCGCGUAGCAGGGACUCACAGACACCAAGCAUAAGUUCACAGUCCUAUGCAAUCCUUGUGGAUAAUGCGGCCAUGUUACAAUUAUCAGAUUCCACGAGCAGCAACGGAAGUGGCAGCGAAGAUGACAACAGUAUAACAAGCGGCGAUGAUCCCGAUGCUGCUGCAGUAGAUAAGGGUCACGUAUCAGACGAGGAAGCUGGUGAUUUGUCGGCACAUUCAGACGAAUUGCUUAACAACGAGAACAUACAGGCGCCCGCCUCGAGAGGUGUGUUCAUGGACAACGGACAAGAUCAGGAUCCGAGUUCCACGAUAGACGUCUCUAAAUACAUAUUCGACGCGUUGAUACAGGCCAUAGAACCGACGGGGUUUUCCAAAGCUAUCUCUUUACAGUCGAAGACUUCUGCUGAGAUUAAUGCCAAGAGUUUGGAGCUGAAACAACUGGUCAAGGAAACUCAAGAGAAGUUGAGAUAUUUGUCUGUAAGAUACGACAGGGGUGUAGCCACUUCGAAAAGCAUUAAUGAAAGUUUAGCAUACUCCAAGGAUAGAAUUGAGAAGAUCAAUGCUGUUCUGAGAACGGAUUUUCCUAUUGAGUUCAAUCAAGUUCGAGAUAAGGUUCUAGAAAGGACACUAAGUGAGGAAGAAGAGGAGGAAGGGAGUACUCCCACUCCCUAA